AUGUGGAACGAAAAACUCGUUUCUGUUCUUCUUAAUCUUGGUUUUGAACAAAGUAAGUGUGAUCAUUCCAUGUUUACUAUGACAAAAGACUCUAGUUUUACUAUUCUGCUUGUUUACGUGGAUGAUAUUAUUAUAACUGGUAAUUGUUCUAAACAAGUUAAUGAAAUCAAACUCUUACUUAAGUCAAAAUUUUCAAUAAAAGACUUGGGAAAAUUGCAAUAUUUUCUGGGUCUUGAAGUUGUUAGAAAUGCUGCUGGCUUAUGUUUAACUCAAAGAAAAUAUUGUUUGGAUUUACUUGCUGAAUUUGGUAUGACUGGUUGUAAACCAGUCAGUUGCCCCAUUGAACCCAAUCAUGUUUUGACCCAUUUGUGUGAGAAAGAUAAUCAACUGUUAACCAACAUAACUGUUUAUCAAAAACUUGUUGGAAAAUUAAUUUAUCUUUCCCACACUAGACCAGAUAUUGCAUACUCUGUGCAUUAUCUUAGUCAGUUUAUGCAUUCGCCUACUCAAGCUCAUUUUAAAAUUGCUUUAAGGUUGUUAAGAUACUUAAAAGGUGCUCCUGGUAAAGGGAUUCAAUUUCAAAGAGGGGACUCCUUGGGUCUGAGGGCCUUCUCUGACUCAGAUUGGGCUAAAUGUUUAGGGUCUCGAAAGUCUAUUACCGGGUUCUGUGUUUUUUUGGGUAAUAAUCUCGUUUCAUGGAAAAGUAAAAAACAGUCCACCGUUUCAAGGUCUUCUGCUGAAGCAGAAUAUCGGUCAAUGUGUGCUGCGACAUGUGAGGUUAUGUGGAUUUCAAACUUGUUAAAAGAAUUAAAGGUUGAUGUUAAUCUGCCUAUUCUGUUAUUUUGUGACAACACGGCUGCUAUCUCUAUAGCAGCCAAUCCCGUAUUUCAUGAACGCACAAAACACUUUGAAAUAGAUCUUUAUUUCUUAAGGGAAAAAAUCUCUAAAGGCGUUAUUCAAACUAUGGGUAUCAAAUCAGAGGACCAAGCUGCCGAUAUCUUCAACAAAGGGUUGUCUGCAAGUCCGCAUGAAAAGGUUUGUUCUCUCCUUAACAUGUUUGAUUGUUUCAAGUAUUGA